ACGUUGCAUAAAUGUGAAUAAAUGUGCUGACGCUGCUCAGAAAUCUGACCUCUCUCUCAAGAGAGUUCCAAAAAUAAAAAUCUAUGAGAGAGAGAGAGCAAGGGGGAGAAAGGGACCCUAACAGCAUCAAGAUCGAUAUUACUGAUAUUCUGUGACUUAGAAGGAACUUCCCUUGUCGACCGAGGGCAGAGGGGUAAAAAAAAAAAAAAAGAUGGCAAAAGCUUUCGAGUCGCGUCUGAAACCCUAUCAUCGGCAAACAGCCUGUGACGUCAGCACAGAAAGCCUCGCUCUGAAAAUCGAUACGUUACUGUCCUUCUCUUAGAAAGCCAUGACGUCACAGCGGGGGGAGGGGGGUGAUAGCACCCGGUGAAAGAAAUCAUAGAUGGCGCCUUUGACGUCAAACCAUUUCCUGCACGAUUUGAGAUUUGUAAACUCGGUCUUUCUAGAACGAUGGCCUUUCAUUACACACUGGUACUGACUCGGUGACUCGCCUCCAUGACCCACCACUCGUUCCUCAGUCACGAGCACAUUCGCUUAUCUGACCAGGGGUCAACAAAUCUGUAACAUGUCUUUAUACGUCGACCUUGACCAGAGCAGCCUUCCCAGCAUUCCUAGCCGCCACCAAGACGACGAUGGGUGCUUGCCACUGACAGCGAUCGUGGUCGUUGCGUUGCUAUGCAACACCAGAACUGGUCUGCCACUUGCCGUUGCUGAUGGCACGGUGGGCAUUAAGUUUUUGUUAACCGUCAACGACACGUGGGACCCGAAUGGCUGCAUUGCUACUGUGGCCACACCUGUACUGAUCAGCGGCCGGAAGUACAACCAAAGCGACGCUGUGCAGGUGGGCAGCUGUGACCAUGGACCACUCGAGUUUGUCGUGCUAAACGGCAGCUACGAUGGCAAAAGCCAGAUGACGCUUCUCCCCCUACCUGUACCAUACCCUGGAACGGCUCCUACCUGAACCCGACCACCCAGGACACUCGUGAAUCGCCGCUGCCGUCCUGCUGGACUGCCGAUUCCAGAGAAGGUUAUCACAUGACCUACUACUGG